UCUGAUUGUGUAUGUGCGCAAAGAUCAGCCUGGCUGGAUGGAAUUUGUUUGAUUUUUUUUUUUUUUUUUGCAUCAUCUGUUGAAAAGGGAAUAUUUGGUAUACCGGGGGGGCAGGGGCGGACUGACAAUUUUGACAAUUCGAGCACUGCCCGAGGGCCCGGGUCAGCAGUGGGCCCCAUAAAAUGCCCCUGGUACCUUUUUAUAGGCUUUUUUGGGUGUGUUUUGAGUGUGGGCAAGGAAACAGGGGCCCCAUGAUCCCCAAUUGCCCAGGGGCCUCAUGAGUUGUCAGUCUGCCCCCGAUUACCCCCUAUCCCACCCGGUGGCCCCUUAACUGUGACUUAGCACCGGGAGGCAAGGUGGACUUUCCAGUCCCGUGACCAUUC